CGGCUGAGCCACAGGUCCCUGCAGAGCGCUGUUGCCAGGGCGACACCAAUGGGGUACGACCAAAACAAGUCAACAUCUUAAGGAAACAUUCUAGUUAACAUUUUAUGAGCCAAACCUUAUUGAUCGAGGAGAUAUACCUACCUCCCUGCCUACCUGCAUUCUCGUCUUUUGUUUCUUCCCCAACCCUACAACUCAUACUCCAGCAAAAAAAAAAGGAUUCCCGCGCAGUUCGUCCACAGCAACCCACAUGCCAUCAUGGCUGCCGGCGAUCUAAUCGACUUCGAUAUCAUCGAAGGCCAAAAAGAAAACAUUCAAUCUUUACCGGGCGGCCGAUCGGCUAGGAAACUUGCUGAGGCCUUCGCGCCCUCGCCUCUACACAAAUUACCCACACCCACAGACACCAGAACCGUCAACGACCAUAUCAGGGCCGAGUACGAGGCCGAGGUCGCGGCGCUGAGCGAAUCCGACGACCCUCUCGACAUCUUCGAUAGAUAUGUGCGGUGGACCUUUGAUGCCUACCCAUCCGCCCAGGCGACCCCCCAAUCUCAACUUCACACACUACUAGAACGCGCCACCAAGGCUUUCAUUGGAUCACCGCAAUACCGCAAUGACCCCAGAUACCUGAAGCUGUGGCUGCAUUACAUACACUUUUUCUCCGAUGCUCCCAGAGAGACAUUUGUCUUUUUGUCUCGUCACAGCAUCGGCGAAGGCCUGGCUUUAUUCUACGAGGAGUACGCUGAUUGGCUCGAAGGUGCUGGCCGCUGGAAACAAGCAGACGAAGUCUACAAGCUCGGCAUCGAGCGAGAAGCGCGUCCUGUGCAACGUCUCGUACGGAAAUUUGGCGAGUUCGAGAAGCGACGCGCCCAAAACCCGGACGCAACAGACGAACCAUCCUCCCCUGCUCUACCCAGCGUGCGGCCGGCAUUAGCUGCCAAGGCCGACCCCUUUGGAGCCGCCGCUCACCCAGUCGACCCCCAGGCACCCAGACCAAACAUGGGGGUUGGUGGACAGUCCACUCGGCCUAGCAAGUCGAAGCUCGCUAUUUUUUCGGAUGCGAGUGCAACACAACCGGCCUUGUCGUCCGCGGGCGAUGGGGCAAAGGGAUGGGAUACAAUUGGAUCUCUCGCCGACCGAAGAAAGGAAAACGUGAUGGAGGCUAGGCCGUGGGUGGGAGAGACGUUGGAUACCAGCGUCAAAAAGAGCAACGGACCAAAGAUGGCCGUGUUCAGGGAUCCGUCAUUGGCUAGAAUAGCAGAGUCUCAUAUUGUCAUUGCUCCCUCAAAGCACCAAGUGAUUAUCAAUCCACAGAACGGUAAAAGAGAGCGCAUUCAUGUUAAUCUGGAGGCUGUGUACCCUACUCCCGAGGAGCCAGGCACUGAGCUAAGCUUCGAGGAACUAUGGGCAGCAAGUCAAGGCUGGCUCAAUGCGUGUUGGGAUGAGGAAAGUCUUGUCGAUCGCCAGCACGAAGUUGCAGAUGAAAAUACCCCCCCAGUAGAGGCUCUCAGCAGAAGAGCCGAGCAGAAAUUAGUGAUUCACCGAGACACCGUGCCGCUCGACGAGAAUGGAGCAAUCAAAGACUACCACACCAAACCUACGAAAGGGAGGAAGAAGAAGGUGAUGGAGGUUAAUGAGACUCAAAUCAUCAAAGCCAAUUUGGACUCUCCAUCAGGGCCUAAAAUAAAGAAGAAAAGAAACGUGUCGUCAGAGCCUACUAUGACACUGCACACCAGAGCUGCCACGGACGACAUAUAUGAUAUCUUCAAUGCACCUCUCAGACCAGCCAAUCAGGAUAUCCAGAGUGAAGAUGAAGACUAUGUGUCCGAUGACGACUACACCAGUGGUGCGGAGAGUACAGGCACCACCCGGCAGACCGGCACAAGUGAGGUUGGGGAUGAUGGAACUGCGGAUGACAGGAGUGUUAGCGAGUGGUCUGACUUCACCGCUCGAAAACACAUACCCAAGGUGGACGGCGAGAGUGAAUAUGCACCAGAUGAAGACGAAGAUGAAGAUAGCCAUAGCCAAACAUCAGAUUUGAUGGAUCCCAAUGAUGUGCAGCCGGCAAGCCACGAAGACGAUGAUUACCCGCCUACGCCUGAAGACUCACCCCCGCAAACUCGCACUCGGUUCAUCCCGAUCCCUCCAGAGGAUUACGAGCCACCUACACGGCCGUAUAGGGACCCGGCUGAGGUGGCUAAUAACCGCUUACCGUUUAUGACACCUAUUACGGAACGAACGGAAACCUCAGUGGGUAUGUACACAGAAACAAAGUCAAACUAUUAUACCAAAACUCCGUGCAAAAAGGACACAUUAGAUUCCACAGCUGAGGAAGAAGAGGAUGAAGACGACGAGGACUUUGAACCACUCAGUAGCCCAUUACGCGAGAUUUUGAACGAUGCUCGCUCACCGGUGAAGCUGGCCCAGCCCCAGCUGUCCAAAUCUAAGCCUAAACCCAAGGCUUCUGUGACGCCAGCGAUACCGAAAGGACCCAUCAUCCACGAUGCACAAUGCAACCCUGUCGACAGCAUGGUCAGAGACGAGAUUCUAGCCAAGGUUCAUCCGCCUCUCAGCUCGUAUGCUGGUUUUUACGAUCACCGCAAUGAAAAGAGUGAUCGGGGCAACGAAAUUCGUAAAUUCGCGAAGUUUGUCGGCAAGAAUGGCAAGUCUAACACGGAUAAGACUGGCCCUCUUUGCAGCCCUGUGGUUCUCGAGUUCCCAGAGCUCUUGGGCGAGUACACUCUAAAGCGAGAGCUUGGUUCUGGCGCAUUCGCACCGGUCUAUCUCGUUGAGAAUUCGUCACCCGAGGAUGGCGAUGGAGAGGACGGUGUUAUUGAAAUGGGCAAGGGUGCCUUCGCAACCCGCCACCGGGUGUCCCUAGAAGCACUCAAGAUGGAACAACCCCCAACCGCCUGGGAAUUCUUCAUAAUGCGUCUCGCCGCCGAUCGCCUGGGCCCACAAGAUCGUGCCACAGCUUCAAUCUCAGCAGCGCACGAGAUGCAUCUCUACCAGGACGAGUGUUUUCUACUCCUCCCCUUUCACCCUCAUCCCACAUUGCUCUCUGUAGUCAACUUCUUUCGCGAGCAGCCAUCGGGCAUAAUGGAUGAGACGCUUGCCAUGUUCUUCACGAUUGAGCUGUUGCGCACCAUCGAGGCACUACACUCAAAACAUAUUCUCCACGGCGAUCUAAAGGCUGACAAUUGCCUGCUGCGUCUCGAUGACAUCAUUUUCUCCCCUUCACAGUCCCAGCCCCAAACCCAGGGACUUUCGAAUCAGUGGUUUGCGGACGGCUCGGGCAACUGGUCGACACGUGGGGUGGUCCUUAUCGACUUCGGGCGUGGCAUCGACAUGCGCGCUUUCGAGAAGGACGUGCAGUUCAUCGCUGAUUGGAAAACGACGAAGGAAGACUGCGCCGAGGUCCGCGAGGGCCGGCCUUGGACGUGGCAGCUCGACUACCACGGGCUCGCGGGCAUUGUCCACUGCCUGCUCUUCGGCAAGUACAUUGAGACCGUGCGCGCGGACCAGGGCGGCCUCGGCACGGCGGCCGGAAGAAAAUACAAGAUCCGCGAGUCACUCAAGCGAUACUGGCAGACGGACAUCUGGGGGGACUGCUUCGACGUCCUGCUCAACCCCGGCUCGCAUGUCGAGGGCGAGGUUGAGAUGCGGAUGCCUGUCAACCGCAGCUUGAAGCGGAUUCGGGAGCGCAUGGAGGCGUGGCUCGAGGCGAAUUCCGAGAAGGGCAUCGGUUUGAGGGGAAUGAUCAAUCGUGUCGAGACUUGGGCGAAGAGCAAGAAGCCUUGAAGGGAUACCUAUAUGCAUUUGCCUACUGUCUUGGCAUCUCGUUGGACUGCUGGGUACGGCUUGUCGCGAAUAUUUGACAUAUGUUCCAUGAAAUUGAGAAGAGUUGGGGGAAAGAGGACGGACAUAAGAUAUUAGACGUGCGGGUUGACGAAGACUUAUUAGACAACACCACGGGUUUUCCCAAGGUUUGCCCGCAGUUACGAAGCUGAUGAAUAACGCAUUUGAUGGGGCGUUGGGGGCACGAGAACUUCUUUUUCAUCGAGAUAUCCCUCAUAAGUUCAAUUUGAAUAUGGUUAAU